AUGUUAUUAUUAUUUCUACUAACUACAGUAUUAAGUGAUAUAAUAGGAGUUUCACCUGAAGAUCAACAUUUAUAUCAACCUGAAAUCAUAAAUGGUGAAAAAAAAUGGCAUUGUUUAAAUGAUAGUUCAAUUAUAUUAAAUGUCAAUCAAAUUAAUGAUGAUAUUUGUGACUGUCCGGAUGGUUCAGAUGAACCAGGAACUAAUGCUUGUCCAGUAACUCCGUUUAAAUUUUAUUGUAAAAAUGAAGGUUUUAUUCCAGGUUAUAUUGAUCAAUUUAAAUUGAAUGAUGGUGUAUGUGAUUAUGAAAUUUGUUGUGAUGGUUCAGAUGAAUAUAAAUUUGAAAAUUGUGAAAACAAAUGUCAGGAGAUAAAUAGACAAUAUCAAGAAUAUAAAGAAGAGACUCAAAAGUUUGUCAAAGAAGCUUUGAAAAAGAAAGACUCAAUUAUAAAUCAAGCAAAAUCUAAAAGAACGCAAUUGAUCAAUUUAUGGAAUAAGUUGGAAAAGAGUUUGCCUAUGAAGAAAAUGGAAAUUAAUAAUUUGAAAUUGGAAGCUGAAUCAAAUCAACAACAUGAUUUAACUGUAUUUGAUUUACUUGGUGAUAAAAUCGUAAAUUUGAUUGAAAGAAUUGAGAAUCAUAAGAAAUCAACUAUAAAACAACAGAAUUCAAUACAAGCAUUAGAGAAAAUACUUGAUAGGCUAUCAAAAGAAUAUAAUCCAAAUUUCAAUGAUUUAGCUGUAAAAGAUUCAAUACAUAAAUUUCAACAUUAUGUUUCAAAUAAAGAAGAAGAAGUAAGUGAGGAUAUACAUGAAACAAAUCAAGUAUUACAUGAUUUAGUUGAAAAAGCAAAAGAAUUGACGCAUUCAGGUGAUUCUACCGAGCCCACUUUUGGAAACAUGUUUCAUCAUUAUUUCAAAACUAUAAUUGGAACAUUCUUAACAAAGCCCAAAGAUUCAGUAGAGCCAAAAUCAUCCACUGACUUAUCUCCAAAAAUAGGGGCUUUAGAAAAAGAAUUAGCUGAGUAUGAAAAGAGAAUAGAUGAUAUAAAGAAUAAUUUAAAUAUGAAUUUCGGUCCUGAUGAUAUACUAAGAGCUUUUGAUUCAUUAAGAAUUACCAAAAAAUUAGGUGGAUAUCAUUAUAUAAUUAACAUUCUAGGAUCAAUAGUUCAAGAUGAUAUAUUAAUUGGAAAUUUCAAAGAAUAUAAAGAUGGAAAACUUUAUUACAACAAAGGUGCAAGAUGUUGGAAUGGACCACAAAGAUCAGCAGAAGUUGAAUUUCAAUGUGGUAAAGGACCAGAAUUAAUAUCUGUAAGUGAGCCUGAAAAGUGUCAUUAUUAUUUUAUAAUUAAAUCAGAAGCAUGGUGUAAUGAAAUCACAGAUGAAGAAAUUACAGAAAAUUUUAAAAUAAAUUAUGAUCUAUUAUAG